CUGAAUAGCUGGGGGGAUUUGGGACCAUCCUGCCAAAUUUGGUGUCUCUAGGACAAUACAAUACAACAGAAAUACAAUAAAAAUUAUUCAUACCAUUAGACAAUUAUUAGAAGCACAUGUCAAGCAUAUCUUUACAAUCCUACACAGUUAAUAGGAAUAAUUGCCCCUGUAAGUGAACCAACAGCUUGUAGGGUCUUAUUGACCUGGUUACCUUAAGUGACUGUGCAUUAUAAGCCCUGCUCUUUCAAUGCGCCAGCAAGUUUAUGUUUUUUAAAACACUAGACUGAUGUCUCUUAUUUGAGCUUUCUGUUAUAUUUUCAUCUUUGAAAGUGAAUAAACAUAUAAACAUAUAUUAUUAAAAGAAAUUACUUAUCCCAUAGUCUAAAUCUUUACCACUGUUACCAGUCGACUCUUCUUAAAACUGAACACUUUCAGCAACAGCAUAUUUCAUCACCAACAAGAUUAGCUCCUAUAAAAAGCCACCUAGCUUCCUUCAUUCAUAAACACCUUCACGCCCAUUAACAUUUACGUCUGUUUGGCGACUUGUUUAAAGGCUAAUGGCAUUAUCCUUGAGUAAAUACCAUGCUCCAUUUUAACUAGCUAAAGAUACCUCUAGUUUAGAAGCAAUUUAAGAAUGGGCACUUGGAUGUCAGAGGGGAUCCGUGGCUUUUCGUAGCUUGGUAAAAAGAAAAAAAAAAUCUUUUGACACAUUUAAGACACGUUUUAACAGAAGCGCAACAUUCCUUUAGGAUUCAAAGCUGACGUCACAACCAAGCAAAAGCUUAAAGGAUAAUAGCAUUUAAGUUGGCUGCUGAACUCUUAGCUCUUUACAGACAGCAUUAGACCAGUGUAGCUUCCUCCUGCCUGGAUCUUUAUACUUAAAUAGGUUAGAUUUAGCGUCAGUAUAGCCCUGAGAUUUACAGUGAUGAGUAUGGUGAAGUUAUAGGAACGGAAAGGAUGUUCAACUUUCAGAAGAACAGGAGACAGAGCCUCUUUCCCAACUAUAAACUUGCAAAAUCUGAGUCAACAGAUGAUAACGUUCCAUUUGCUAAAGACUGUUUGGUGAAACAAUGGAGCUCUUUAUGCGAACUUCAGAGGGAUAUUUAUGACAUCUACGCCGAAGACGACGACGAGGAUGUUGUGAAACAUUCAGAACCUUCAUCGUGGUUUACAUCGCCCAGCAAGAACUGCACACUCAACCUCAAUGUUGGAGGGAAGUACUAUCGGAUCACCUACAAAAUGGCGGCGAGAUACCCCCAAAGCAGAAUCGGCCGUCUGGCCAUCUACACAGACCUCAACCAGAAGUUGGACCUCUGCGACGACUACGUUGUGAAGGACAACGUAUAUUUCUUCGACCGAGAUCCAGAUGUGUUCAACAGCAUCUUCAACUUCUACAGAACUGGUGUGCUGUGGAUCAAAGAUGAGCUUUGUCCAAGAAACUUCCUGGAGGAGAUAAAUUAUUGGGGCGUUCGGAUCAAAUACACACAGCGCUGUUGCCGGAUCUUGCUUGAGGAGAAGCACGAUGAGUUGUGCGAACAGCUAAAAGUUCAGAAGGAACUGGAAGCUGAGGUGGAAUCCGAGGAAAAUGAGGAAGCGUUUGAGGAAAUGUACUUCGGAAAGAUGCGAAGGGCUCUGUGGAACCUCAUGGAGAAACCGUUCUCCUCGGUACCGGCUAAACUCAUGGCAGUGGCCUCGAGUGUGUUUGUGUUGGUGUCCCUGGUAACGAUGACGUUGAAUACUGUAGAAGCAAUGGAGAACAUGGCACCUACCAACCAAUCCAGAGGAAGGACAUGCGGAGAAUUGGUGGAGACAUUGUGCAUAACCUUCUUCACCACUGAGUAUCUUCUACGUCUUGCGUCAACACCUGAUCUCAGUCACUUUGCGAAAAGCAUGCUGAACGUGGUAGACCUGAUGGCCAUCCUACCACAGUUCCUGCAGUUUGUGCUUGAGAGCUUUGUGAGUCCGGGUUUUGGUAGACUAAACCCUGACAUUGAGACUGUAGGGCAAGUGAGUAAACUGGGACAAGUGCUGCGAAUCAUGCGACUCAUGCGCAUUUUUCGCAUUCUUAAAUUGGCGCGUCACUCCACAGGGCUACGAGCAUUUGGGUUUACAUUGCGACAGUGCUACCAACAGGUGGGAUGUCUCUUCCUCUUUAUCGCCAUGGGGAUCUUUACAUUCUCAGCCAUGGUUUAUACUGUUGAGCAUGACGUCCCUCAUACCAACUUCACCAGUAUUCCACAUGCUUGGUGGUGGGCAUCUGUUAGUAUCUCUACUGUAGGUUAUGGUGACAUGUAUCCCGAGACACUUUUGGGGCGGAUAUUUGCCUUUGGCUGCAUUUCCUUUGGAAUCAUUUUGAAUGGCCUUCCAAUCUCGAUCCUCUUCAAUAAGUUCUCUGAUUACUACGCCAAACUGAAGUCCCAUGAGUACACGUCCAACAUGAGGAACAGAGGAAAAGUUAACUUCAUCCAGAGAGCCAAGAAGAAACUUAAAGAAAGUGGUUGCUUUGAAACUGUCUCAUAGUCACCAAUGAAAUUCAACUCAGUGUUGUUUUAUGUACCACUUACACUACAUGUAACACUUUACAAUAAGGCUGUAUAAGUUAAAUGGAAUUUUUGUCACCAUUUACUCACCCUCAUGUUCUUGCAAACUUGUAUGACAUUCUUCCACGGAACACAAAAGGAGACGUUAGGCAGUAUGUUAGGGACUGACAACCACAGUCACCUUUCACUUUCAUUAUAAAAAGAUGCAAAAAGUGAAUGGUGACUGAAGCUAACAUUCUGCUUAACAUCUCUCUUUGUGUUUCAUGGAUGAAAUAAACAAUAAAAUAACAAUGAGCUGUAUUUUUACAGCAUUUUUGAAUCCUGGUUAAUGUUCAUUUAAAUAUACUAUUGUUCAUUUAGGUUCAAAAUGCUUUACUGUUAUGUGUAUGCAACUUUUAAAAAUGUAUUAGUAGAAACUAGCAUUAAUAAAGAUAAAUGGAUGUUGUAAAAUUAUUUUCAGAGUCAGUUCAUGUUAACUCUUGUGAUUACUAUUGUUAACAUUUACAACCUUAUUGUAAAGUGUUUAUAGUUGGACAUUUGAAACUGUAUUGAUUUAAGUCUGUUGUUUAAGAUUGUUUUCUAAAAGGCCUAUUAUGCAAACGUGCCAAAUUAUGCAAUUUGUAAAAUGUUAUUAUUUAACGUCACACAAGUAAUAAGUAACAAGAGAAGUGUCUUACUGAUAGAAAUUUCAAACUGAACAUAAUACAGUCUGUUGUACCACAUAUGAUUUUCCUUGUGUUAUUGAUUGUUUAGUUUCUAUGGCAUGAACAAACUUUUGGCAAUAAAGCUGGACUAAAAGAAUAGAGGACAUCUGAAGAUGUUUCCACGUCAGGUUUUUGCAAAUCUAAACUGUUGUACACGUCGUUUCUUUUGCGUUUUCUGCCUAUUCACAGAAACACAUAAAUCCACACUGACCCUGGCCUGAACUGCACUCUUGAACUUGACCUGACCGACAACCACAAUAGAAGAUUAGUCUAAUUUGGCUUUUAAAAUAGCCUCAAUUAAAAACAGAACAGUCUGUACUGUCACACGUCAACACUCUCAUGGCCACACGUCGCCCCACAAUAUGUACUUUCAAACACUUUUUCUUUUUUUAAAGAUCCAUGCAAAAUGUCCAUCAAAUUGAAUUAAGUAAUCUUUAAUAAUAAUAAUAAUAAUAAUAAUAAUAUAUAUAUAUAUAUAUACACAGUGUUGGGGAGUAACGUAAUUCAUGUAACGGGAUUACGUAUUUAAAAUUUAAAAUAUAAGUAACCGUAUUCCACUAGUUACAAUUUAAAUCAUUGGUAAUUAGAAUACAGUUACAUUCAAAAAGUAUUUUGAUUACUUUAGAGAUUACUUUGCAUUUUAUUGUCAUUUGUUUCAUUUAAUAUUUAGUCCUUUCAGAUGUUAAACAUUUAUACGUAUAAAAGAUGCGAUCCAAAGUGCAUUUGAACAGCGGUGAAACACUUUCUUAUGAUGUGUUACAUUCAUGCGAGCAGACAGAGAAGUACGUUUGAAGUAAGUUUGGAGCAGAAGAAAUAGAAAUAAACCUUGUGUAAAUUAUCAGCUUUACGCUAAGAUAAAAUGCUAUUUCUAGCCAUUUUACAUGCACAUGUUACUAGGCACGAUCAUAUUUGUUUAUCAAGAAAAUUCACGUUGCAUCAUAAUUUCUUUUUUUCUAGUAAGACCUUUGAUAUCAAGGCAAAAAUUAUAUUCUUGAUAAUAAUUUUUGUAUUGUUUUCCUGUAAAAAUAUCUAAAAAUCCUUAAAACAAGAUCAGUUUGAUUUAUCUUGUUUUAGAAACAACACUGCAUAAAAUAUUUCGGUUUUUCAGAGAAUGUAUUUUUAACGUGUAUUUUGUCUUACUGUACUGGCAGAGUUUUUAUAGUCAAAACAAGUGAAAAAAAAUCUACCAGUGCUGAAGAAGUAAUCCAAAGUAUUUAGAUUACGUUACUGACCUUGAGUAAUCUAACGGAAUAUGUUACAAAUGAUAUUUUACAGCAUGUAUUCUGUAAUCUGUAGUGGAAUACAUUUCAAAAAUAACCCUCCCAACCCUAUAUAUAUAUAUAUAUAUAUAUAUAUAUAUAUAUAUGAAUUCUGCCUAAGAUCUCCUUUUGCAUUACACAGAAGAAAGUCAUACGGGUUUUGACCCACAUCAGGAUGAGUACAUUAUGACAGAAAUUCAUUUUGGAUGAUAACGCACUUGCACUCCAGACCUGUAGGUAUUGCAGUAUCAUUUAAGCGUCACUUCUCGCUGUGCUCUUGCUCGUCCCUGACCUCUGCAGACUGACUGCUCUUGUA